AUGAGUGAGAAGGCAUCGGCUCAAGAAGCUAUUCCAGAUAGCGUUAUAUACGUCUCCGAUCCGGACCCUGCUCACUUGAGAACAAAGCCAGAAGCUUCUUCCAAAGAUCUAGACGACGCAUAUGAGCUUUACAGAAGACAAGAUGCUACCGAUCUCGAUCCUCAGGAGGCCCGCCAGGUCUUGCGAAGAAUUGACCAGCACAUCUUACCACUUUUGAUGGGAACGUAUCUACUCCAGUACCUCGAUAAAGCCACUUUCAAUUUCGCGAGCGUCUUUGGGUUACGAGAGGGGACGAAUCUGCAUGGUCAAGAUUACUCGUGGUCGUUAUCUAUAUUUUAUUUCGGUUACUUGAUAGCACAAUGGCCUGCUGGAUAUCUGCUUCAAAGACUGCCCGUUGGGAAAUUUAUCGGCGGUUCUGCUUUAGUCUGGGGUAUGCUCACUAUUGUCACUCCAGCUUGUAAGAAUUUUGCUGGAAUAGCGAUCAAUCGGUUCCUGCUCGGUUGCUUUGAGGCUGUAGUAAACCCUGGAUUCGUGCUCGUACUCUCCAUGUGGUGGCGCCAAGACGAGCAACCGAUGCGAUUAACAACUUAUUAUAGCAUGAACGGAAUUGCUGGGAUAUUUGGUGGUUUACUUGGUUAUGCUGUAUGUCUUCAGGCCCUAGAAAGGGCGGGGAUUGGCCAUAUAACUUCGGGGUUACAGCCAUGGAUGUAUAUCUUCCUCAUAUUCGGUUCCAUAAGUCUGGCUUGGGCAACCGUUUUCCUCGUCUUUAUGCCUGACCUUCCUUCCACAGCACGAUUCCUAAAUGAAAGGGAGAAAAUUGUGGCUGUCGAACGAGUAGCAACGAACCGACAAGGAGUAAAAAACCGCCAUUUCAAAACUUAUCAGAUGUGGCAAUGCCUUGGGGAUCCCAAAACUUGGAUUCUAUUUGUUAUGGCAAUUGCUUCGCAGAUCCCAAACGCCGCCCAGUCAAGUUUCACCUCAAUCAUUCUAGAGACAUUUGGUUUUGACGUACUCGAGACACAGUAUUUACAGAUCCCGGGGAAUGUGAUCCAAUUUUGUUCUCUUCUCCUAUCUGGUUGGAUCAGCUCUCGAUUCCCUAACAUGCGCUGCGCCGUCAUGUUGAUAACCAAUUUAGUCUGUGUUGGUUGUGGCGCAGCUCUCGUUGGCCUACCAGUUGGCCCAGAUGGAACUGAAAACAGAUGGAGUCGGCUGGUCGCGCUUUGGCUGUGCUCGUUCUCGUCGGUAGGGUUUAGUCUAAGCUUGACGAUGGUAAGUAGCAACGUGGCUGGAUACACUAAAAAACAAUUGACGGGUGCUUUUCUAUUUGUGGGCUAUUGUGUUGGAAAUAUUAUAGGGCCACAGACUUUCAUCGAUUCGGAAGCACCAUUCUAUACGUCAGCCUACAUUGCGAUCCUGAUUGGUUAUUGUGUGAAGACAACGAUGGUGAUCGUACUAUAUCUUUACAUGUGGCUAGUGAACAAGAAGAGAGAUCGUGACGCGGCCACAUACGGCUCAAGGCUUUCGGCGGAGCAAGAAAAGGAAGCGAUUGAGCAAGGUAUGCACGAUGUUACUGAGUUGGAUAAUGAGGGCUUCCGAUAUGUACUGUAA